GCCCGCCGGAAGUGACGCGCUGCGGGCGCGCCCCGGGCAUGGCGGCGGCGGAGCCCGGGAUGAAGCAGUUCAAUGGCGGCGGCGGCGCCGCGCCGGACGCGGAGCGCGGCCGCUUCCCGCACUGCGUGGUGUGGACCCCGAUCCCCGUUCUGACGUGGCUGUUCCCCAUCAUUGGCCACAUGGGCAUCUGCACCUCGGCCGGCGUCAUCCGCGACUUCGCGGGGCCCUACUUCGUGUCCGAAGACAACAUGGCAUUUGGGAAACCUGUGAAGUACUGGAAACUGGAUCCCAGCAAAGUCUGUGCCACUGGUCCCAACGCCUGGGACACGGCCGUGCACGACGCCUCCGAGGAGUACAAGCACCGCAUGCACAACCUUUGCUGUGACAACUGCCAUUCCCACGUGGCUCUGGCCUUAAACUUGAUGAGAUACGAUAACAGCACCUCCUGGAACAUGGUGAAACUGUGCUUCUUCACACUCCUCUAUGGGAAAUACGUCAGCAUAGGGGGGUUUGUGAAGACCUGGCUGCCCUUUGUCCUCUUCCUUGGGGUGAUUGUGACCGUGGUUCUCACCCUGCACCUGCGGUGAUGGCAGCCCUGGCCCCCAGUGCCUGAGCACACAGAGGAAGAAACUGUGACUGAUCCAGCAGGAUGGAGGCGUGGGACUCUGGGAGCCUUUUCCAGGAAGGUGGCAGCCCCACUCCAUCGUGACAGCUCAUCUUUGUCUCCUGGAGCUGGCUUCUUUUCCUCCUGUUUCUGUUCUGUCGACGGUGUCUCCCAGUGUCAGGGGUCUGGAAGCUUCUGCCCUCUCCCUUUCUGCAGCUGGGGAGGUGGGAAUGGGAUCAGGAAGGGAGAGGGGUGGGCACCUCUGCUUUCAGUGCCAAGAAAAGCCUCAAGGCAACCUCUGCCUCCUGCAGUGGCACAAGCAGAUCCACCUUGGGAGGGUCUCUCUGAUCACCUGCUUUCCUCCUCCUCACCAGAUGCUUCCUCAGAUUCCCUGGGUCUCCAGUUAGGAGUUGCUGUUUUCCCUGUGGCACAUCUCUCCAGCAGCACACAUUCCAGAGGGGAGGUGUGGGCUCUUCCUGGGAGGGUGGGGUGCCCCAGCACUCAGGGAUGGCCCCAGCAGUGGCAGGAGGUGUUGGGGUGGGGCACUCCUGAGGGACGCUCGUGGCCGGGCCAGCUCCCCUGGUCCUGCUGGUGAGCCUGGAAAGGCAGGAAAGCUGAAGGGCUGGCUGGGGAGCAGCUCGUGGCAGGGUGCACCCUUCAGGAGCCUGCUGCAGCCUGGGGAGGCAGCCCUUGGUCCCUUUCAGCUUGUGCCAGAGAAAAUAUCACUUCCCUGCUUCUCCUUGGGCUCUCUGUUGCUAAAUCUGGCGCUGCAAUCCUCACAAGGCACUCGCUUCCCUUUGAUCCCUGUGCUCCCAGCAGGCAGCAGCUGGGGCAGAGAGCCUGAGCCUGGGGCUGGGGAGCCUCUGUGGGAGCAGCACCUGAGCCUGGAGCUGGAGAGGGGAGGUGGAGGCUCUGGAAAUUGCCCAUCUGGCUGGGCUUUGCAGCAGCAAACUGGGGCAGUGAUGAGGAAUGGUUUAGGGAGCUUUGGGGAGCCCACCUGGGCACAGGUGCUGUGCAGGCAUUGGUGUGAGGAGCACAGCUCAGGUAGGAUGGGCCAUGGGGGGGUUGUCCCUGGGUGCCAGGGCACGAAGGGAGUUUGGAUGUGACCUGGGACCCCUUCUGCAGCUGGGUCUGCUCUGCAGGUGCUGAUUUUGGAGGGCUCUGAGCCAGGGGAGUUUUAAACCCCAGCCUGGCUGAAGGGUCGAGUGCAGCUGGGCAGGUCCCUGCUGACUGCAGAGGGGGAGGAGAGCUUUUCCCCCCACACCUUUACUCCAGUACCUGACAGGUUCUGAGGAAUCCAUUUCAAGGAGUGCUUGUGGCCAGCAGGAAAGCUUUUCUGGGGUCCCUGCCAUCUCUCUGACUGCAGAGCCCACUCUCUGUCAGCCUGCUGGUUUUCAGACCCCUCCCCAUGUGCCUCUGCCACUUCCCCGGCUCCUCCAGCCAUGUGGGAGGGUUGGACCCUCCUCUUGAGCUCGUGUCUGUGCUUUCCCCUUUUCCCCAGUCACUUUUAAACCUCGUGGUCAUUAUGGUCCCUCUGUCCCCCCACCGUGGCCUUCCCCCUCAGCUGGAGCAGCGGCGGCUGCUCUCUGCAGUCCUUCCCUUCCCGUGUGCAGAGCCUGGAUGGAGGCUGCUGGGGCGCCGACAUCCUGCUCGGAGCCUGGAGGAAAGGUCGGAGCGUUCCGGGCUCUGGUCUCCGCCCGGGAGCCGCUGCCCAGCGUGCCCAGGGCGAGGCAGCCGGCUGGGAGAGGGGAGUGCUGAUUUCAGAGCGAUUCCUUGGAGUGCCGGCCCCGGGGCUGGACCCACCCUCAGCAAUAACCUCGAGCCCCUCCCGACCAUGUUUUAUCCACGAGCUCUGCAAGAAUUGCCAAAGCUGAGACUUGGGGGUGUCGGGGGGCCCCUGGACUUCCAAAACCCCACUGUGAAAUUCCCUCUCGUUUGCUCCUGAUGCUUUUUACCAGAGCGGAGUUUGGAAUGGCGAGGGCGAGCCCCCAUCCCUCAUCCUUUGUUCCCUUCAUCUCUGCGGGGCGCUGGAUUUCCUUGUAAAUAUUUAAACUCUGCUUCUGUGGUUUCAUAAUCCCGACGGCAGGGAAAUAAACUGAUUUCUGUGGGUA